AUGUUGGAGGCGUCGCCGGGCGGGAACUCGUCCCACAGCAGCUUCCUGUUCGGAGGCUUCCCGGCGCUUCAGAACCACCAACGGCUGCUGGUUCUGGUUCUCCUGAUCGGCUGCUACGUAACUUUGCUCCUUGGAAACUGUGCUUUGCUGCUGGUGAUCGGCAGCGUGGCGUCUCUCCACAGCCCCAUGUACCUUCUGAUCGCCUCGCUGUGUGCCGUGGACAUCCUGGUGGGAACGACCAUCUUCCCCACUACGUUACUCAGCCUUCUGUUCAACUGGGACCGGAUCUCUCUGACUGGCUGCCUCACACAGAUGUUCUUCACCCACUUCCUGUCCUCGCUGGAGUCCACGCUUCUUCUAGCCAUGGCGCUGGAUCGCUACGUGGCCAUUUGCUUUCCGCUACGCUACAAUAAGAUCAUGAACGCCUCGGUGUUCGCCAAACUGCUUCUGUUCGCGUUGUUUCGCAGCUGUUCAGUCAUGGGGACUUUGGUUGGUUUGGCGGGAUCUCUGUGGUUCUGCGACUCCAACACAAUCCGCCACUGUUACUGCGACCACAUGGCGCUGGUUAGCUUAGCGUGCGGCGACACGGAGAGAAAUCGAGCGGCCGGACUCGCCGUUAUCAUCUGUUUCGUGGGCGUCGACACCCCGGUUAUCUUCUUCUCCUACGUGAAGAUCCUGAGCGUUGUCCUGCGGGCGUCGGCGUCCGGAGAGGACCGCUGGAAGGCGUUCCACACCUGCGGGACGCACCUGAUGGUUAUGACCUGCUUCUACCUGGUGGGCAGCGUCUCCUUCCUGUCGCCCAGCAUCAACAUCCCCCCCGACGCUCACACCUUCAUGGGUCUGAUGUACAUCCUGCUGCCGGCCACCGUCAACCCCAUUAUCUAUGGAGUCCGCACCAAGGAGAUCAGGAACGGAUUCCUGAAGAUCUUUAAAGUCAGAGCGAAGAAACUCAAGUCGAUGAAGGUGAAGGUGUCUCCUGCUGGGAAAGGUAAAACUUGA